UGAAGAAAUCUAAGGAUUACUCGGGCAUGAUCGGAAGGUGGGCAACGGUGUUAAAGAGCAUGGAUUUUGACAUUCGUCAUCGGAAGCACAGGAAGCACGAGAAUGCUGACGGGUUGAUACGACUGCACCAAUCCGAGAAGGUCCUCAAGAGCGAGGAAGUGAUUCCGUGGAACGAGCCGAAGGAGGAGAGUCGACCACGUGACAGCACUCUGCCAUCGCGGCAGGAGUACUUGAAGCCCUACGGGAUCAUCGAUCGCGCCUUCUAUCCGAAGGAAGAAACUGAGGAGGCGCUUGAAGGGGAAGAAGAAGCCACUGAAGAAGAGGGUGACGCCGAUGAAGAAACGUCGGAGGAGGGAAGUUAUAGUGAGUACAGUGAAGGGGAGUCGAGUGAAGAAGAGGAGGAGAUAGAAGAAGAAGAGGAGGAAGUCGGAUCGGAGUGGGAGGACUUGCCGGAAGAAGCGGCGCGCACAGCCACGGAGGUGGAAGAUCCCGAAGCGGUACGUAGAAGAGAAGAGAUCGCCGCCGGGAAAAGCCAGUUGGAGUUCGCCAGCGGGGCGAGCCUGCGCAUCAACAACGACCCAACCAGGGAUCCAGAGCCCCCCGAGCCCGAAGAUGGCGGAUCAGCCACCGCGGCUUCGAGCGCAUCGCGGUGGAGAAGGAGCCAAUCCCCCUCCCCCUCCACCCCAGCCCGUCCCCCAGUUCGUCCACGUACCGAUGCGGGGAAUCGGCCUUCGUCCCCGGUCAUUAUCCCGCCAUCCCCUUGAUUACCUCACCCUCUGCCAGAUCUCUACCCCCGUCACCUUCCCUCGCAACCCCUUUCCUCCCCAUACCUUCCGUCACUUUUACUCCACCCGU